AUGGUUCUGGAGCUGGAUAGAGUCCUGAUGCUGCGCGCCGCCGUUCUCGCCGUCGUCACCGGCUUCGCCGCCGCCGGAUUCAUCUCAAGUUGGUCCACGCUUGAUCAUCUGACCGAUCUGCCGUUGCGCCCCGUGGAUGCAGAUGACGCGCUCCAGUCGCACUCGCACGGCGGCGCCGGCCGGAGCUUGCUGCAGGCCAAGAAGGAAUGCCCGGUGACCUUCGAGGGGGCCAACUACACCCUCAUCACGAGCAAGUGUAAAGGGCCCCUGUACCAGCCGGCGCUGUGCUGCGCGGCGCUCACGGAGUUCGCGUGCCCCUACGACACCUACAUCAACGACGUCGCCACCAACUGCGCCGCCACCAUGUUCAGCCUCAUCCACCUCUACGGCAAGUACCCGGCGGGGCUCUUCGCCAAUACAUGCAAGGGGGACAACCUGGGGCUCAAAUGCCCUGAGGACGUCCCGCAGGUCCAGCCGGGCGAGGAGGGCAAGAGCUCCGCCGCCGUUGCUACUGCCGCACAGGCGGCACUCGCCGCGGCCAGCGCGGCUGUCAUGUCCCUGCUCAUUGUAAUGUCUUGA